AUGAAACCAACGCAUAUUCGUGCAAAUAAAUUGCAGUCAUCAUAUCUUCUAUACACAAAAUUUACAGACAAACCAGUAUAUUUCAUUCGUUGUUUCUACGUCGACCACAUACUAUCAGCCAAUACGUGUGGUUACGAAACGUGUAACCUUGGUGACCCCAGCAAACUGAACGUGCAUAUUGUUGCUCAUACCCACGACGAUGUCGGAUGGUUGAAAACGGUUGAUCAAUAUUUCUACGGAGCACGAAACGACAUUCAGCAUGCAGCUGUACAAUAUAUACUUGACUCGGUUAUAAUUGCAUUAGAUGAAAAUCCUGAUCGACGAUUUAUCUACGUUGAAGUCGGUUUCUUCUGGCGUUGGUGGAAUCAACAAACAGGCGACAUUCAGACUAAGGUGCAACAAUUUGUCAAUGAAGGUCGUUUGGAAUUCAUUUCCGGUGGCUGGUGCAUGAACGACGAAGCUUCUACACAUUACAAUUCCAUCAUCGAUCAACAUACACUCGGCGCAGAAUUUAUACGUCAAGCAUUUGGCGAGUGUGGUCGACCCAAAAUUGGAUGGCAGAUCGAUCCUUUCGGCCACUCUAGAGAACAAGCAUCGCUCUUUGCACAAAUGGGCUUUGACGGAUUGUUCUUUGGUCGUGCUGACUACGAAGAUAUUCAAACGAGAAAUCGAACGAAAACAAGGGAAAUGGUAUGGAAAGCGAGUGCAAACUUGGGGGAACAGAGUUGGUUAUUUACGGGUAUUUUACCAAAUGGGUAUGGUGCACCCAAUUCAUUUUGUUUCGAUUACAGAUGCAGUGAUAAUCCUAUUAUGGAUGAUAAUCGUCGUUUCGAUCUCAAUGUACAAGAACGUGUUCGUAGUUUCAUUCAAGCUGCACAUGAUGAGGCAGCUGGAUACGCUACAAAUCAUAUCAUCAUGACAUUCGGUGGUGACUUCCAGUACGAAGAUGCCAAUCAAAACUUUAAAAAUUUAGAUAAAUUGAUCAAAUACGUCAACGCUGAGCAAUCAAAUGGUAGUAACGUCAACGUCUUUUACUCAACACCUUCUUGUUAUUUGUAUGCGCUGAACAAAGCCGAUCGCACAUGGAAAUCGAAAACCGAUGAUUUCUUUCCGUAUGCUCACCAUCCACAUGGAUUCUGGACAGGUUACUUCUCCUCGCGUGCUGCUCUCAAACGAUUCGAACGCCACUCAAACAAUAUCUUACAAGUGACGCGGCACCUCAAUGCGUUUGCCAAUACCAACCUUCGAAACUCUAUCUUUUAUCUAAGUGAAGCCAUGGGUGUUGCUCAACAUCACGAUGCAGUGAGUGGAACUGAAAAGCAAGAGGUUGCUUUUGAUUACGCACAACGAUUAUCUGAUGGUAUUGGUAAAGCAGUGGAUGUGAUUAACCAAGCAUAUGGCAAACUUUUACCAAAAAGUGCCCAAUCACCACCUUUACAAGCGCAAUUUCUCUGUCAGUUAUCGAACAUUAGUCAAUGUCUGGAAAUUGAAGGACAAGAUCGUUUUACAUUAACAUUGUGGAAUCCAGUAAUUCAUCCAGUUACUCAACAUGUUCGAGUGCCAGUUCGAACUGAUUACACAGUUCGCGAUCCAACUGGACAAACUCUCCUUACAGAACUUAUUCCAAUAUCUGAACCAACGCAGAAAAUACCAGGUCGUACAAGUUUAACACAAAAGCAAAUUAUCUUCAAAGUUGCUUUGCCAGCUCUCGGAUUUUCCACCUACUACUUUGAAAAGAAACCUGAUCAACGGCAAACGAAAGAAAAAUCCACAGUGAAAAUUACACAUAACGAAGCGUGUAUUUUACAAAAUCAACAUCUUCGAGUCGAUUUUGAUGAUCAAGGCAAUCUCCAUCAAAUUGUAAACGCCAACAAGAGUCUUGGUGUAUCAUUUCGUAAUCAGGGCUUCUACUGGUAUCAAGGCUUUGCUGGUAAUAACUCUCGACCAGAAUUUCAAGCAUCUGGCGCUUAUAUUUUUCGGCCAGUGUCAGCUGAUCCUCAACCAGUCAGUACUACACGCACAAUUACAUGUGUCAAAGCAGAACAAGUUCAAACAGCUGUGAUCAUUUUCAAUGAUUGGGCAAGUCAAGAAAUCAGUCUGUACGAAGGUGAAGAGUACGUUGAAGUUGAAUGGACAGUCGGUCCCAUUCCUGUCAACGAUAACAUCGGCAAAGAGAUUAUUCUUCGCUAUGAUACAGAUGUUAAUAGUGGUAAUAAAUUCUAUACCGACGCCAACGGCCGAGAAGUUCUCGAACGAACCAGAGAUUAUCGACCAACAUGGAACUAUACCGUUGUCGAACCUGUUGCUGGUAACUACUAUCCAGUGAACAGUCGCAUCUGGAUCAAAGAUCAAGAUAAACAAUUCACCAUUCUAACAGAUCGCUCUCAGGGUGGAAGUAGUAUUCAUGACGGUUCAGUUGAACUUAUGCUCCAUCGACGUCUCUUAUACGAUGAUCGACUUGGUGUGGGUGAGCCUUUGAAUGAAACUGCCUUUGGUGAAGGUCUGGUAGUUCGUGGCAAACAAAUUCUUUUUCUACAAGCACCGGCUGCCAGUGCUGCUUAUCAUCGUAUUGGUGCUCAACGUAUGUACAUGCAUCCACUUGCAACAUAUUCAUUGGUACAACAAACCUACGAUAAUUAUGCCGCUAACUAUCGACAAACGUGGACAGCAUUGGCUGACACUUUACCAUUGAACGUUCAUUUGUUAACAUUUGAACAUUUAGUGGAAAACGUGUAUCAAAUUCGUGUUGAGCAUUAUUUUGAACAAAACGAAGACGAUACUUUUUCACACCCAGUAACACUUGACUUACAGUCUGUGUUUAAUUCAAUAGGAAAAAUUGAAGAAUUGGUAGAGGUGACACUCAAUGCUGAUUUGCCAUUGAUUGACUUAAAACGCCUCACGUGGGUGACUGGCGAUAAAGAAUCAUCGCAUCCGAAUGCUCCUGAAGCUAGAUUGAUGGCAAAUAGCACUGUUAGAUUGAUUCCCAUGCAAAUUCGAACAUUCAAUGUUGUAGUAUCGCAUCCAUAA